AUGACAAUCGUAUACCUUUUUCUCUUUCUGGGGAUUUUCUCCAAUGCAUAUUGCAGUGCCCGGCUUCUUAGCAUCACUAAUAAAGAUAUCAAGUUGGUGAACAAACCACAAGUCUCUAUUAAGACCAAUGAUGUAAGUGGUUUCAAAUUUUUGCCAAAUCAUUUUCGAGUGCUCAAAGCUAAUGAGAAAAAUGAAGUAACUGAAGAAGGUUUUGAAUUUAACAUUGAUUAUACACCACCUAGGACACAUCCACCUCCUUCUCCUCCUCCUGUCGGUGAUAAAAAUGAAGUAAUUGAAGAAAGUUCUGAAUUUUAUAUCGACUAUACACCACCUAGGACGCAUCCUAUUCCAUCUCCUCCUCCUCAUGGUGAGAAUGAUGAAGUAAGUGAAGAAAGCUCUGAAUUUAACAUCGAUUAUACACCACCUAGAACGCAUCCUCCUCCAUCUCCUCCUCCUCAUGGUGAGAAUAAUGAAGAAAGUGAAGAAAACUCUGAAUUAAUCAUCGACUAUACACCACCUAGGACGCAUCCUAUUCCAUCUCCUCCUCCUCAUGGUGAGAAUGAUGAAAUAAGUGAAGAAAGCUCUGAAUUUAACAUCGAUUAUACUCCACCUAGAACGCAUCCUACUCCAUCUCCUCCUCCUCAUGGUGAGAAUAAUGAAGUAAUCAAAGAAAGUUCUGAAUUUAACAUCGACUAUACACCACCCAGGACACAUCCUAGUCCACCUCCUCCUCUAAACAACUAA